AUGUCUAGCAUCACGAAAGUCGCGAUUAUCGGCGCAAAUGGCAACCUAGGACAGGCCGUCCUGCCGUCCAUCAUCAACGCGUCGUUUGAAGUGACAGUGAUCACUAGAGCAGAGUCGACCUCAGCGUUCCCGCCCAAUGUGAAGGUGGUGAAAACGGAAUAUACUGAGAAGAAUAUUGCAAAAGCCUUACAAGGACAAGAUGCCGUUCUCUGUCUUAUCGAUGCCGGGGCUCUACAGGUAGAGAGUCUGAUCAUCGACGCUGCAGCUUCAGCUGGCGUGAAAUGGUUCAUACCUAGCGAAUUCGGCCACAAUACCUUGGACAGCCGCGUUUUGGAGGCACUGCCGAUCUUGAAGGGAAAAGUUAAAGUCACAGCACAGCUGCGAUCUAAGGAACAACAAGCAAUGCAAUGGACGGGUAUCGUCACUGGUCUGUUUUUUGACUGGGGCUUGACAAGGGGCACCUUCGGCUUUGAUCUUGCCAAGAAAACAGCCCAGAUUUGGGACGAUGGAAACACAAAGUUUCUGGCCACGAAUAUUCAGGAUAUUGCUGCAGCGUUGGUGACGCUGCUCAGCGACGCGCACGCCAGAGAAAAUGCUAAGAAUCGGUUUGUCCAUAUUUCGUCCUUUGCUACGACGCAGAAUGAGACCCUCGGCUUGUUGGAGAAGUUCUCUGGGACCCAGUUCACCGCUACCCACCUCGACAGCGACGGACUGAAGCAGCAGUCACUUGCGGAUUUAAGCAAAGGGAACUACAGUGCGGUUUUGCCAUUAAUUCAAUACGCAGCUCUGGGUCGGGAUGGGUUGAGUCAGUGGUAUGAAGAAGCUGAACAGGGCAGGCAGCUGCUUCUCCCCACUCCCCGAGAGUCGCUCGAAGAGGCGGUACAGAGGGUUGUGACUGAAGUGGCAGAAAGUCAGAGAAGCUCCCUUUAA